UUCCCGCAAUUGUCGUCCGUGUGUAGUUUCCCUCCAUUUGGUUCAACUCCCUCUGUUUUCCAUUUCUGCUCUUUCUUUUUCCUUCUCUCAUAUUCUUUCUGGAAUAAUCUCCAUCCUUUGAUUUCAUUUCGAUUCCUUUAUCAUCGGCCGUUUCUGUUCUUUUUUCAGAGUUCAUCACCGUUAUUUUGGUCCUCUUUUCUCUGUUUCGCGCUUUCUGAAUCCAGCUGAGAAGAAUACGAGCUUCUAAUUUCUGUACGCCGUAAGAUUUUCGUCAUAUUUGGUGACGGUUGAGAAUUGUGAAGUUUCCGAUUCAUGGAAUUUUGUGUCUGUUCAAUGGGUUUAAUCCUGAGGAUAUUUAAUUGGUGCUGAAGUCAUGAUAUUGCAAUUGACCGCGGUCGGUGAGAAGCUCUGACAUCCUUUUCAAUGUUGCCUUGGCCUUGAAUGCUUGUUCCGAUGGAUUAAGCUUCUAUAUCUGUUCUCACAUCAUUGACAUGGAACCAGGAUAUGUUCUUGAUCUAACAAAAAGACUAGAACUAGUCUUUCAUGGAUCGUUAAGGUAGCAAAUGAUGAUGCAAUGAAAUGAGUAAACCAUUGCAGCGUUUUUCUCUAUACGUAAUGAGAGAAAUUUUUAGGAUUUCCAUAAUCUAUAAAAUAGAUUGGACAAAAGUAUGUAUUAUUGGCGCCAUUUUGACAGUUGGUGGCAUUGCACUUCAAAUGUUGAUACUUCCUUAUCCAUUGCACACAUGGUUUGUUUCUCGACCAGCAACAGUUAUAUUAUACACAUCCAUGGAGGAAACCAUGGAAUUGAAUGAAUCCCUCAAGAAUAGUACAGAAAGGCUCCAAUUGAUACCAUUGAAAUCUGUUGUCUCGCAUAAUGCUACAGAUCAAAUGGUUCAACUGGUGUCAGUGAGUCAUGGGAGAGAGACAGCUCCUAAAAGAAGAAAAUCAUCUAGAAAAAGGAAGCAUGCCAGAUUAAAAGAGAAGCCAAUUGUUCUAACUCCUCCUCCCCCACCCAGGAGACCGCCCUCCGCGUUGGAGAGGCAUGUUUGGUCCUUGAAGCCUGUGGAAGCACUUGUUUAUGCAAAGGAGGAGAUUAAGCACGCUCCAACAGUACUAGAUGAUGCUGAUCUAUAUGCCCCAUUGUUCUUGAAUGUAUCUAUCUUCAAAAGGAGUUAUGAACUAAUGGAAUUGAUACUCAAAGUUUACAUUUACCGAGAUGGAUCUAGACCUAUCUUUCAUACUCCCCAUCUGAGGGGAAUUUAUGCUUCUGAAGGGUGGUUUAUGAAGUUGAUGGAGGAAAACAGGCAGUUCGUCACCAAAGACCCAGAAAAGGCGCACUUAUUCUAUCUUGCAUAUAGUGCACGCCAGCUGCAGACGGCUCUUUAUGUGCCUGAUUCUCAUAAUAUGAAACCAUUGUCAAUAUACUUGAGGGACCAUGUGAAUUGGAUUGCUGGAAAGUAUCCAUAUUGGAACCGCACACAUGGCUAUGAUCAUUUCCUUGUUGCUUGCCAUGACUGGGGUCCCUAUACUGUCAAUGAACAUAGGGAACUUAGCCAAAAUACCAUAAAAGCUUUAUGCAAUGCUGAUCUCUCAGAAGGGGUUUUCAAACUUAGCAAGGAUGUUUCUUUGCCAGAAACUACUAUAAGGACACCUAGGAAACCUCUUAGAAAUGUUGGUGGGAAAAGGGUAUCACAGCGCCCAAUUCUGGCUUUCUUUGCUGGGAACAUGCAUGGGAGAGUCCGUCCAAUACUCCUGAAGCAUUGGAAUGACAAAGAUGAUGAUAUAAAAGUUUAUGGACCUUUGCCACUGAGAGUCUCUCGUAAGAUGACAUACAUACAACAUAUGAAGUCAAGCAAGUACUGCUUAUGCCCAAUGGGAUACGAAGUGAACAGCCCAAGGAUAAUUGAAGCCAUUUAUUAUGAGUGUGUCCCAGUAAUUAUUGCUGAUAAUUUUGUGCUUCCUUUUAGUGAGUUUCUCGAUUGGAGUGCAUUCUCUGUGGUUGUGGCUGAAAAGGAUAUUCCGAAGCUGAAGGAGAUUCUAACGGCUAUACCACUGAAGAGAUAUCUUACCAUGCAGAUAAAUGUGAAGAUGGUUCAGAAACACUUUCUUUGGAACCCAAAACCCCUUAAAUAUGAUUUGUUUCACAUGGUUCUCCACUCAAUUUGGUUUAGUAGACUGAAUCUAUUUCAAAUCCCUGAGGCAUGAUACCUUUUUGACCUUCCGAUUUGAAUGAAGAACUGUGCACAACCGAAUGUCUUAACAGAGUAGAGGGGUUUACAGAAAAGUGUAAUUUAUUGUAGAGUAAGAAGAAAUUUGUACCACAGUUUGUUGCCUCUAUGUUGGUGUUGUCUUGAGUGAGUACAUAUAUAUCGUCAUCUUGAUACUAGACACAACCACUCAAGGAAAAGAAUGGCACUCGGCGGGAAUCACCAAGCAGCAUGCAGGGAAGACAAGAAAAAGGGGACUUUACCACUUGCAAAUGCUGCAGCACACAGGAAACCUUUAUAUUGUUGAAGAUACAACCAUACACUAAUGCAAAGUAGAUACUGUAAGUAAGCAUUUCCUUGGUGAAUAAAUUUGGAGGAUCAAUUACUGUAAAUUGGAUGAAUUGGUGAAGUAAAUAUAUUGAUUAAUAUACAUACAGAAUAAGGAUUUGAGGGAGCAAUUUAUCAGAUGCAUCUUUAGACUA